CAAGGUGUGGUUUCUGUGCGGAUUCUCCGAGCUCCUCCCUCCCACGUUCGCUGCACUGAGUCUGAAGUCGCCUGUCGGGAGAUCGCCCAGAAAAAGCGGAGGCAGGAUGAUGCUCCAUUACUUGUUUGUAUUUGCCUCCCUCUGUGGUGUAUUUCACAUUGGAAACUCACAAGAAAAUGUGGCUGCUGGGAUUCGGGCCACACAGUCUACCACCUACAAACGCUUUGCUAAUGCAAAUAAUGCCAUCGAUGGAAAUAAGGACACUGAAUUCAGGCAUUCCUCCUGCAGCAGCACAUACAGGGAGAAUCAGCCGUGGUGGAGAGUGGAUUUACAGCGACAUUACCGGGUCUUUGUUGUAAGAAUCACAAACAGAAAUAAAAGAGGAGGAAGGCUGAAUGGAGCAGAAAUCCGAAUCGGAGAUUCACUUGAAAAUAACGGCAACAGCAACACCCUCUGUGCAAAGAUCACUUCUAUUCGCUGUGGUGAAACUGUGGAGUUCUUCUGUCAGCCAUCUCAGGGUGUGCAUGGACGUUAUGUGAACAUCUUCCACCCAAGUAACCGAGCCAUUCUCACCCUGUGUGAGGUGGAGGUGUAUGGAUUCCAUGAUCCUCACUGAUUCUGUGGCUGCUACAUGAAUAAUCCAAACUGAAAUCGCCGCUCGUUUGGAAAGAUCCAUUUUGUGCUUCGAGCUUAUGCAACCAAUCAGGAUCCUUCUCAGCUUCUUCUCUGGGGCCACACUCUCCGCAAUGCAGCUUUAAGCAAUGAGUUCACACAACCAGUCUGUCUUAAGAGUUUGUGCAACACAUCCAAGAACAGGCAGUCGAUGGGUUCUCAGUCAAACAGCUUCCAUCGAGAAAUCAGAGGCAAUAGGACAGAGCUCAGUGAAAGGACAAGAGUCACCAGAGAAAGAGUCUGUCAAACACUGUCCAGAACACAGGAGUCCAGAGAGAUGGAUCAGUCCUCUCUCUGUCCCACUGACUGUCAACUGGAAUUCCAGCUUUAAUGGAAGACCUGCAGCUCUGAAGAGAGGCAGGAUUAAUCCUGGAGUCUGUGCAAUUUACCCCCAUCAGUAUCUGUCCAAUAAGAGCUCAGUACAGAUUGACCAUUCACCAUCUGCGCUGUUUAGUUACUGUUCUGGGAGGAUGUGUGUGUGAUCUAUAACCUGUCAUUUCUGAUUUUGAACAAAAAUCAAUAAAAUUGCUGAUUGUG